GAUAGCAGUGUUCACAUUUCAUUGAACUAAUCUCCAGCGGCUUUUAUUGCAAUAGUUUAUAUUUUCGCAAUUAUUUUAUUAAAAUAUUUGCAAAUUCAAUUUAAAGUUUGUAGAGCUAAGUGAGUACUAUAGAAGAAUUUAAGAGUACGAUUAGUUUUCUAUUAUUUACAAUAUUGGUUUCUCAAAACAAUUGAACGAGCUUUAACUUGUUAAAAGUUGCUUCACAGAAAAAAAAUAGCUGAAGUGUACCAAUUAGCCUCUUGUUAUGGAGGAUACACUUAAUUUAGAAGUUGAGGAACCAAUGGUAGAUGAAAAACAGGCCGGUGAAAGAACUGCAAACGCCACAAAAGGAAUGCGGGAUCGCAAGGAGGGUCGAAAUUUUAUAUGUGGUGUAAUUGAGGGUUUCUAUGGACGACCGUGGACAACUGAGCAACGGAAGGAUCUAUUUAGAAAGAUGAAGAAAUGGGGCAUGGAUUCAUAUGUGUAUGCGCCAAAGGACGACUACAAGCAUCGCGCUUAUUGGCGUGAAUUAUACACGGUUGAAGAAGCUGAUCAUCUGACAAGCUUAAUAACCGCUGCUAGGGAGCACGAUGUAAUGUUUUACUAUGCACUUUCACCUGGCUUGGAUAUGUCGUACAGCAGCCCUAAAGAGAUUCAAACCCUUAAGAGAAAACUGGACCAAGUUUCACAAUUUGGUUGUGAAGCUUUUGCAUUACUUUUUGACGAUAUCGACUCGGAACUGUCUAAAGUUGAUAAAGAAGCGUUUCAAACAUUUGCCAAUGCUCAAGUAUCUGUUACAAAUGAAAUAUUCACCCAUUUAGGCAAUCCGCGAUUCCUAUUUUGCCCCACCCAGUAUUGUAGUACACGUGCGAUACCAACCGUACACGAUUCCGAAUAUUUAAAUACAUUAGGUUCCAAACUAAAUCAUGAUAUUGAUAUUAUGUGGACGGGAAACAAAGUAAUCUCAAAAAUUAUUAGUCUCGAAUCAAUACAAGAAAUAACCGAAAUACUGCGACGCCCACCCGUUAUUUGGGAUAAUUUGCAUGCGAACGAUUACGAUCAAAAACGCGUGUUCUUAGGUCCUUAUUCCGGACGUUCGCCAGAAUUAAUACCACAUUUACGUGGAGUCAUGACUAAUCCAAACUGCGAGUUCCAUGCAAACACCAUUGCCAUACACACCUUAGCUAGUUGGUCGCAAUGCAGUCUUGAUUCUAAAGUAAACAGUUCUAUCUCUGCUGAUAUUAAACUCGAAACGGAAAACGAGGACGGAACAAAUGAAGAAGAAUUGCCGGUGGAUUGUUUAUCUAAGAACAUGUAUCAUCCGCGAAUUGCAUUAAAAAACGCUAUUGACGAAUGGUUGCCCGAGUUUUUUGUGGCAAAAGAAGCCUGGGGUCCCAUUACGAAACCGCAACCACAAGUAACAAUGGUUAUGCCGAUUAUACCAAUUAUACCUUCUAUCAACACCUGUAUGAGUUUGACGACAACAACAACGACAUCGACUAGUACGAAAACUGUUACUGUUCCCGAAGUGAACACCACACAACUUCAAGCUUUGGCUGACGUUUGCAGUACCGUUAACUCCUCCGUUAUUAAUCCGAUAUCGAAUCCUGUAAUGAAUUCCUUGGUUUCGCCAACAAAAGUUGUAACAAAUGACGACAUUGUAAAUCCCAUACCGACAUGUGUGGCGUCCAACAUCGAGCUGCCGAAAAAAAUUCCAAUAUCUAUUGUUGCUGUACCAAUAAUGCACUCCAAAGCUGUAGAGGAUAUAUUGCCGAGAAGUUUGGACACGGAAGUAGAAAUACUCAAAUCGCCAGUUUCUCCACUAAAACUAACAACGGCAAUUACAAAACCAAUACCGGUCGCAAUUGAGAAUAGCUCUGCGCUAACUAAGGCAAAUUUAAUUGAGGCAAAUAGUGCCAUCACAACAGUAAGUGCGGAGAAUGUAAACAAGGAAGACGAAAUGAGUAUUGAGAAAGCACUUUCGCUAACUGCUGAAUCGCCAAUUGUGGACAUGAAUCACGAGAAGAAGAUGUCGGAUGUUUUGGAAGGUGUUGACGAAACUAUCGAAAAAGCGCCGGAAUUAUCAAUAGACACGAGCGCUACAACGCGGGAUAUUGUAAAUAGUACGGGUGCGCUACCAAUGGUGGAUGAGCAUACUUUGAGUCCGCUUAGUGCAAUCAGCGCAAGUGGCAAUGAACCGAUGGAAUGCAGCAGCAGUCUAGCGUCGCAGGCUUCAGGAAAGGAAGAUCGCAAGAUGAUUUCCGAGGAUGUUGUAAUGGCCGAAGGUGUGGAAGAUGAUGAUAUUUGCAAUGGCUCGAUGAACGAACUGAAUAAUAGCAUGCAGGUGGAGAGCUCGGAGGGUUCGCCACUCUCCAAUGCCGACAUGAAGGAUUACGACGACAAAAAUCUGCCCGAGCCCGGUAGUAGCAGCAGCAUUACUGUGGAGGAUCUUUACUUGCUAUGUGAUUUAUUUUAUCUGCCAUUUGAGCAUGGAAAUCGUGGUUUUAAGCUGUUGAAUGAAUUCAACUGGUUGAAAGCGAACUCCAGCGUUUUGCUUGGUAAUGACAAAGCUGUCAGAAAGUGUUCCAAUGCAGAUGGUGCAGUAUCACCCAAGCCAGAGGUGGCCGAGUGGAUGCAACGCGCCGAGUCAUUCUCCAAUCAUUGCAAUUCUGUGCACGAGUUGCUGCGGAAAAUCGCUAAUUGUGCUAACAAGGAGAUCUGUCAUGACUUGUUUUCUUAUGUGUGGGACAUUGCUGGCACUUUGACACUGCUAAAUGCCUUCGUGAAAUGGCUAAGUCUGGGUCAUUUUCCGCCUAAUGUGCAAACCUACACGCAGGGUACAUACACAUGGUUUAGCAAGGGCUGGAAGGAGGCUUUCAUGUCGGGCGAUCAAGAGCCUUGGGUAUUCCGUGGUGGGCUGAUCGCUGAUUUGCAACGUCUCAUGCCUGUGGAUUCCGGCAAUGAUUUGUUUUUGUAUAAACUACCUGAACUGCCGACAAGUGAUUAUCAUUUAAUACGCCCCUACACACCAAUUGACGAAGCAGAGCUGGGACAAGUUUGUACACAGGCCUUUUUGCAGCUAAGCGUAAAUUGUGCGGACGACAGGCCAGCAGACAUUUGUUUCGAAUCAUUGUUUCCAGAUCAUUUGAGUGAACUUAUUGCGGACAAUAUUGUUGGACAUUUUGUCACGCUGUAUCCUCAGUUGUGUAUUGUCGCUCAUGACGCUUCCAAUGCUAUUGUUGGUUAUGCAGCUGCCGCCUUAAACAUACACACAUUCAUGCGUAAUGUGGAGAUAUGUUGGAUACCAACAAUGAGGGAAAAGUACGCAGAGUCUCUAUUAGAAAAAGACAAGUUUUUCGAUGUGGCAAAUGGUUCAACAGAAAGUGUGCAGCGUCAUUCAACAGCGGAGUCCUCAAAGCUUAAAGCUAUCUUUGGCGAAAUGAUACGUGACUUUCAUAAUUACGAAUACCAGUGUCCGACUGAAGUGAGUAACGCAUAUCCGGCUUUAUUAACCGCCGCCGUCUUAAAAGAUGCAUUAUUACGUGAUUAUGGACUUUUGAAGCGUUUAAUAACGGUGACUUUAGCCACUCUACGUUCGAAUGGCUGCUUUGGUGUACAUGUACGCUUGUCCCUUAAGGAUUCUGAGGUCUUUCAGCAACACUACGCGAAAAUCGGUUUUGCGGAAGUGUAUCGUGAUCCUGAUAAUAAAUUUAUUUAUCUUGGGCGACGUUUUUAGCAACUGCCAGCUCAGCCACAGACAACUUUUCUGCUAAAAUUGCGUCGAAGAUAUAUCGUAUAUCAAAACGGUGUAGAAGCGAAAUCAAAACGUAUGAUAACAAAACAAAAAUGUUGAAAUCUUAUUUAUGUAUGUAAUUACGUAUCAUUUUACAAAAAAAAAAAAGAAAACACGGCACAUUGCGAACACUGCAAUUUAAACAGCUAACAUGCCAGCGUCCUUAAAAUUUAUAGUCCGCGAAAUUCAUACUCAUCUCACGGUAAUUAAGCAUCGGUAUUGCUCUCUGACUGAUAUAUCAAACCAUUUUAAACUUAAAAUAUGUAUAGUAAAUGUGUCUGCACUUUUUAUGUAUGUAUGUAUGUAAGUACUUUGAACUAUUUGCUAUGUCCAGUUCAUUUGCGUUUUUAAAGCUUGAUUAAGAACUAGCGCAACACCAUAAACAGCAAAUAAAAAUUCCAAGAAAAAUUAA